CUUGCACUUCAAAAGACGAUGUGCGGUCAUGGCGGUCAUGGCGGAGACGGUUCGGAUUGACGUGCGUGCAUUGAGCGGUGAGCAGGUUGCAGAGGUGGUCCUGCCGCGCAAAUCCUCUGGGGAAGAGCUUCAUCGCUUGGUAAACUUGAAGGCUACAACACUGGCAUUUCGAUGGCAACUGGUGCGGAAUGCAGCGCCCAUCGAGGGAGCAGUGGAGCUGGUGGACGGCGAGGCACGUGCGAGCACUGUGGAAGUUGCAAGUGAGUCCCAGCGCCCGAGACGGAGACCGAGCGCCCGGAAAGCAGGUGCAUCGACUGCCAUGGGGCGAGUGCCGCCUGCCGGACUGCUACCAGCAGGUGACCAAUGUGGAGCAUCGAAAGGGCUGGGGCCGAGCGUUGGCAUCGCAGAUGAAGGAGCCAGAAAUGGUUCUAUUCCGGAAAGUCCCCUGCUGCUUCCGGACCGCGGAGAAGCUCUUCAACGAAUAUUCCUUCUUGAAGGAGGCCAAGAGUGUCCAUACCAUCAACGUCAUGGACUUGUUCGUCUCCCCAGGCGACCCUGAUGGUGCAGAUAUGCAGGGUGACAUCUAUUCCGUCUUUGAACACAUGGAUCUUUCUUUGGCAAUGAUGCUGCGGCGCUUCCACAAAUUGCCAUCUCGCUUAGAUAGUAUGUCCAGCACGGCUGAGCACAGCUUUCGCCCAGUUUGUGACUACAUUCUCUACGGUGUGGUGAGGGGUUUGCAGUACAUCCACAGUGCUCGAGUGGCGCACGGCGAUCUUUGCCCAGAGAAUGUUUGGCUGAACAACAACGAUGACGUGAAGCUGGCAGGCUUUCAACACAUGCAUCCGACUGAGCCCUCGGAAAGCUGGCAUUGGCAGCCACUGGAAUUCUUUGACUUCUCCUUAAAGUCCAUCCCUUUCACAGCACCAGAGGUGCUGCGCGGUGCGUGCUUCGGUGGCGCUGCGGCGGAUCUCUGGGGCGUGGGCGGAAUGUUGGGACACUUCUUGAUGGGACGUCCAGUGUUUCCCAAUGCUUCCUCCUGUGCAGAGCAGUUGGAGCUUCAUGAGCAGCUGGAGCUGCCAGAAGUCGAGGGACGGCCCGACGGUUGUGCAGUGCAGCAAGAGAUGCUACGAGGACUUUUGCAGGCAGAGCCGCACAGGCGUGGAAGCGCAGUCGACUUGCUCCACUCGGAAUGGUUUGCCAAGCUGGCAGAAGGCUGCAAAGACUACCGAGCAGAGGUGUACUCCAUCAGGGCCUUUGAUUCAAUAGGCUCGUUGCAAGAGGCUUUCCUCACUCUUGGCCUGGAUAGACCAGGAGCAGAGUGAAAUCCGCCUGGUUCCACUUGACGCCUGGCACAGCAUGGCGCAGCUUCACGCGCAGCUUCACGCGCAGCUUCACGCGCAGCUUCACGCGCAGCGUGGCGUGGCCACAGGUGAAUCAACUCCAGCAAACCUUUGCGAAAGCAGAGAUUCCAUAUUCAGCCAGAGACGUGGCAGCAUUUGUUCAUUGCUGUAAGUAGCACAAGCGAACCACGGCGAUGAAGGUGUGGUCUGGCUGAUUUCUUGGCGGUGAGAGACCUAUUGACCUAUCCACCGAUUCCUCUUGGCCCAGAAGCGUUGGAACCGAUUCACCGUUGGUCAAGGCCGACUGGCAAUGAAUGGCAGUCGACGAAGUGAAGAUGCCCGUUUUGGUCAGAAAAGUGCCUGAAAAGUGGGAUUCGCUGGCCCUACCUUGUGGAGAGAAAGGUAGCCUGUGCGAGAAAAAGGGCGGCUGUGGCAGACCAUCCAGUACUUGUGCGCCUGCCAGCAGACCUCGUGCAGCGCGGGCAGAUGUUUCCAAGUGCAUCGCGG